UUUCAACUGUUACCAUUUCUGGAGCUCAUUCCUAAAGUGGACUCCUAUCGCACAGUCUAUAUUCUAGUGGACCUACCAGACGCCUCCAUAGAGUGGGUUUAUGUUGGAGAGGUCAGGUUCCUGAAUAGCUCUGGAAUACCUCCGAUUUUCUCAAGUUAUGGAAUGGAAACUACUGCUAGCCCCUCCUCUAUUCAAACCAGUGUGACAUCCAUGACUCCACUAACUCCACCACCAUCUACAUCAGUUCCUGGAGACAGAGUGAAUGACUGUACAUGCAGUGAGGAGUCCAGUAGCUCAGCUGUGAUUGCUGUGUCAGCAGUAUCUCUCCUGCUGAUCCUCACUCUCACCACAGUCAUCCUCACUCAAUGUCUACUCAUCUUCAGAAUGAAGAGGUCUAGGAACAAGACUGAGACCUAUGCAGAUGCCACUAACCCCACCACCAAGACAACUGAUAUUCCUGUCUCUCCUAAUGAGGCAUAUGCUCUGACCAAGAUAACCAGCCCAAGGGAAGAAGUUACUUAUGAGGUGGUGCAAUGACGAUCUUACUCACAAAACUAACCUUGUUUGUGGGUAAAUUUAGAGACGAUAGAAAUAAAUUUCUGUGUAUGGGCAUUGAACAGAAGUAGAGCUCUUAUAAUUAAAAUUUACAUGCAGAGAUUUUUGUGAAAUGUGGGAACAUGAGGUGUGG